AGAAAUUUUAUAUAAGUAAACCACCAAACGUUACAAACCCUUACAGAAUUAAGAAAACAAAAUAUUGAGAGAGAGAGAGAGAGAGAUCAAAUGGCGGAGAAGGAAGAAGUGAAGCUGCUGAGUUUGUGGGCGCUCCCGUUCGGACAUCGGGUCGAGAUCGCUCUCAAACUCAAAGGAGUUCCGUACGAUUACUUGGAACAAGAUUUGAGAAACAAGAGCCCUCUGCUUCUGCAAAUGAAUCCUGUUCACAAGCAGGUUCCCGUCUUCGUCCACAACGGUCGACCCAUCGCCGAGUCGCUCGUGAUCCUCGAGUACAUCGACGAGACUUGGACUCAGUAUCCGAUCCUCCCUCGAGAUCCCUACGACAGAGCCAUGGCUCGAUUCUGGGCCAAGUUCGUCGACGAGAAGAUCGUAUCCGCGGGGCUUAAAUCCGUGGUGAAAGCAGAGAAGGGCAGAGAAGCAGCCAUUGAAGAAACCCAGCAGCUGAUGAAGCUUCUCGAGAAGGAAUUGGUCGGAAAAGACUUCUUCGGAGGCGAGAGGGUCGGGUUCUUGGACCUUGUAGCCGGAUCCAUGAUCCCAAUGUCUCUGAUGAUGUUGUGGGAAGGUAUGGGAGUUGAUGUGAUUCCAAAGGAGAAGUUCCCAGAAUUCCAUAGAUGGAUGAACAAUCUGCUUGAGGUCGAGGCCGUGAAGGAAUGUCUCCCGCCGAGAGAGAAGCAUAUUGAACAUAUGAUGGAAUACGCUGAGAGAUACAAAUAAAGCUGUCUGAGGUCCGGUCCAGUCCAUGUCGUUGAGUGAGAGAGAGAGUCAUGCCAUUUUGUUUUGUAUCUUUACAAACUAUUUUUGACUUCAUGAAUAAAAACAUCGAGGGCUGUUUACUGUUUGCCAAA